AUUCGUCAUUUCCUUCUGAAUUUUGCUCGACUUUGCUCAUCUAUCUGACCGCAAUCCAUUGAAAAUCACCAUGAGUAAAGCUCAUCCACCAGAAUUAAAAAAAUUUAUGGAGAAGCGACUUUCCAUAAAGAUAAAUGGUAAUCGAACGGUAGUUGGUACUUUGCGAGGUUUCGAUCCAUUCAUGAAUAUUGUACUAGAUGAUACUGUGGAGCAGGUAUCCAGUAAAGAAAAUAAUCAUCUUGGAAUGGUGGUAAUACGUGGAAAUAGCGUAGUCAUGAUGGAAGUUUUACACAACGCAUAG